AUGCUCAGCGACGUCGACAGCGCCGCGGGCAGUGCCUCCGUGUCGCCCCAGUUGCGCCCGUUGUCCCGCAACAACCUGACGAUUUCCCUUGGAAACGUGUUAUUCAGAGACUUUGACUUCGGUUUCAACCUCGAUGGGGCCGCCGACAAGUCCCGCAAGAAGUUCCACGAGAUGCGGUCGAAAACCGACCGCCAGCUCAAGCUGUUUAAGGACUACCCUAAACGGAAGAUGGGCGACGUCCACCGGCUCCAAAAAGAGCUUAACGCUAAAGUCCACGAGUUUGACGAACGUAUCCAUAGCCAAUUGGUCAGUCUGAACACGGAAAAGGCGUUCUACGCGUUUGCCUUGUGCUGUAUCUUUGUCGCCGGUUUGAUCAUCGGCAAGUACCCCGAGCACUUCCACGUGUUCCACACGUGUUUGUUUGUAUUGCUCAUGCCCAUCAGAUUCUAUACCUAUUUUAAAAUGGGCUACGAGUACUAUUUGGCCGACUUGUGCUACUAUGUCAAUUUGUUGGUGAUGGCGUUUUUGUGGCUAUUCCCCUGGCUGCAAAAUCUUUUCAUCUCAGUGUUCUCAUUGCUGUUGGGGACGCUAUCGUUUGCCGUGAUCACUUGGCGCAAUUCGUUAGUGCUCCACCUGAUUGAGAAGACGACGCUGAGUUUUAUUCACAUUAUGCCUCCAGUGACGAUGUUUGUCAUUGUCCACGAAAUUGACCCGCUCUACCAACAAUUGCGGUUUUCUGGGGUGCUGAAUAUCGCUCUGUGGGACUUUGCCAAAGGGAUAUGGUACACUGCCCUCACUUACUCAGUGUGGCAAGUGCUCUAUCACUACUUCAUUACUAUCCGCAAAGCCCGUAAAAUCGAACUGGGGAAAGUAACUUCGUUCACUCACUUGCGGAAACUGAAGGCGAACUCACCGCUUGGUCGUUUUGUGAACAGUUUACCUUAUAACUGGAUGCAAAUCGGUGCCUUCACUCUUAUCCAAUUCGGCUACCAGAUGCUUACUAUGCUUCCCUGUCCCAUCUGGUUUAAGUAUAAGCACGCCUGCGGCGUGUUCGUGUUCUCAGUAUUUGCCUGGGCCUGCUAUAACGGUGCCACCUACUAUAUCGAUAUCUUCGGCAAACGCUUUGAGAAGGAAGUGGCUAAGCUCAAAAAGGAAGUCGCCGAGCUUGAGCGAGAAAAGAUCCAGUGGUCUCCUCAAACUCAACCACAAGCGAUGAGUGAAGAAGGGAUUGUCGAUAUCCACUUGGGCGACCAGACCGAUAACCACUCAACGACUUCUACCGUGAGCAGCGGGAACAAUACCAAUACCGCCACCGCUACGGGGAUGCAGCGGGCGGAAACUACGGCUUAA